ACAAAUCAAAUGCAUUUCAUUUCGCUAUUCAUUAAUCAUUGCUUUCAUUGAAUUCAGUGUUUAAUUACAAAUGAUUUGAUUCAUUGAGACAUCGAUUCCGGUUGUCUUCGAGACCACCAGUUCUUGGGCUCAGAUAUGAUGUCUAAGAGGGGACACAAUAUGCCAUCGAUUGUGGACUCAAUGCGCACUUCGGGAGCGUUGAGACCAAGCGAUCGGUCGGCCAUCUGUUCGGCUCUCAAACGGGAAUACGUUUUAAUGGAUUUAUUGCCAAACGAGUCGUUUAUGAGUCAUAUAUUCAUCGGUUUCACCCAAAAUGGUCAGCACUUCCUGAGCUAUUCCAAGUCGGAUGAGUCCAAUCAGAUUCAGUUGCAUAUAUUCCGGUUCAACGGCGGCCGACCUCUGGAUCUGGUGGCGAGUCAUGUCAUAUAUACCGGCAAUUGGUUUCAUUCGACUGAAUUCGCCGAUUCCCGGCUCUUCGAAGGCGUCUAUUGCUAUCAAUGGUCUUCGGAUGACAAUUAUCUUCUGACAGUCGUUGCGCCACAAUAUCCCAACUCUAAGCUCAUUGACGUCACACUUAUCCGCAUCGAUAGGUUUGGCUCAUAUGUGGUGAGUCCGGGCUCUCAGACCUUCAACUGCAACGGUUUCGGACGUAUUCCCGACUUUUGCGACGACAAAUCACUCAACGAGUCCACUAUUGAGGAACUCUUGUACCCAAAGAUAAUAUUAAGUCAGCCGAAGAUCUGUGCGCUGAUCACCGACAGUGAGAUUGUGUUUUUUGAGAUCAAAGAGCAGUCCAACUAUCGGACAGGUCUUCUGGACGCUCGCUUUGAGUGCAAACUCCUUGACGUCGAGUCCCAUAUAUUCGGUGAUGUCUUCAGCAAACACUUGACAAAUCUGUUCAGUUAUGUCUCGGAAUACGAGCUCUUAGUCUAUGAUAUAAAUUUAUUCUCGCAGAACAACGAACAAGAAGUGCAUAAAUCCUAUUAUUCACAAUUGGUUGAUAUGAUUAGAUCUAAUCGUCUCAACACUUACUACUCGAUCAACAACUUGUCUUUGACUGAAACCCACAAGUCUUUGACACGACUUCACUCACCCGCCGAUGCCUUCACUAUAAGUCUUAACUAA